AUGGGGACCGCUCAGUGGCACAACCCCCCCCUCCUCCCAAAGUGGACUCGUCCUCGCCGCACCUCCUCGGCACUUUUCGGUCCUUCCCGCCAUCUGCCGGUCACUUUCGGCAAUCACCGGCUGAGGGAGGAUGGAGAACUGGAGGAAGGGGAGCUGGAGGAUGAUGGAGGGGAGGAGACGCAGGAUCCCUCCGAAUCCCGUGAAAGGAGUCGGAAGGAGAAAGGGGAGAAGCAUCACAGCGAUUCCGACGAGGAGAAAACCCAUCGGCGGAUGAAGCGCAAGCGUCGGAAAGAGCGAGAGAAAGAGAAGAGGAGAUCCAAGAAGAAAAGGAAAUCCAAACACAAGCGCCACGCUUCCUCCAGCGAUGAUUUCUCCGACUACAGCGAGGACUCGGACUUCAGUCCUGGGGAAAAGGGACACCGGAAAUACCGGGAAUACAGCCCUCCCUACUCCUCCUCCCACCAACAGUACUCAUCCUCUCACGGCGGUCCCAUGCCCAAGAAAAGCUACUCCAAGAUGGAAAGCAAGAAUUAUGGGAUGUAUGAAGACUACGAGAAUGAGGAGUACGGGCAGUACGAGGGGGAGGAGGAGGAGGAGAUGGGGAAGGAAGAUUAUGAUGAUUUUGCCAAAGAGCUGAAUCAAUACCGGAGAGCCAAGGAGGGCUCCCACCGGGGACGAGGCGGCCGUGGCCGAGGCAGAGGGUACCGAGGAAGAGGAGGCAGAGGAGGGAUGAGAGGAGGCCGAGGCAUGGGCCGGGGGAACCGCGGACGAGGCAGAGGCGACCACCCCGAGGAAGAGGAGGAAAUGUAUGAGGAAGAGAUGGAAUAUUGUGAUAACGAGGAGCCCCUCUGCGACGAUGACUACGAUGACUACUCCAAGGAGCUGAAUCAGUAUCGGAGGAGCAAGGAGAACCGCGGCCGAGGUUUAAAUCGUGGCCGUGGCCGUGGCCCCAGAGGAAGAGGAAAUAAAGGCAUGGGCAGAGGUCGAGGCCGAGGUGGAAACCGAAGCGGGAUGGGGAAAGGAGGUGGAAUGAACGACGACGACGAUUAUUACGACGAGGACAUGGGAGAUGGAGGAGGUGGUGGGAAUUACCGGCGGAACGACCACGACAAACCCCACCAGCAGUCGGAUAAGAAAGGGAAAGUGAUCUGCAAAUACUUCGUGGAAGGACGAUGUACCUGGGGCGACCACUGCAAUUUCAGUCAUGACAUUGAAUUACCAAAGAAAAGGGAACUCUGCAAGUUCUACAUCACCGGCUACUGCGCCAGGGCUGAGAACUGCCCUUACAUGCACGGGGAUUUCCCGUGCAAGCUCUUCCACACCACGGGCAACUGCAUCAACGGGGACGACUGCAUGUUCUCCCAUGAUCCCCUCACAGAGGAGACACGGGAGCUUCUGGACAAGAUGCUGGCGGACGACGCGGAAGCCGGAGCGGAGGAUGAGAAAGAAGUGGAAGAGCUGAAAAAACAAGGCAUCAAUCCUCUCCCCAAACCACCCCCAGGGGUGGGUUUGCUCCCCACACCCCCUCGUCCUCCUGGUCCUCCAGCUCCAACCUCUCCCAACGGGAGACCCAUCCCGGGGGGGCCUCCCCCACCUCCGCCGCCGCCGCUGCCGCCCCCGGGGCCACAGAUGCCACCACCGAUGCACGAGCCGCUGUCGCCGCAGCAGCUGCAGCAGCAGCAGGACAUGUACAAGAAGAUCCCCUCCUUGUUCGAGAUCGUCGUGCGCCCCACGGGGCAGCUGGCAGAGAAGCUGGGCGUGAGACACCCAGGUCCACCACCCCCCAGGUUCCCUGGGCCUGGAGGCCCCCCAGGACCCAUGCCCGGCCCCAUGCACCCGGACAUGCACCCGGACAUGCACCCGGACAUGCACCCUGACAUGCACCCAGACAUGCACCCCGAUAUGCACCCAGACAUGCACCCAGACAUGCACCCGGACAUGCCUAUGGGUCCAGGAAUGAAUCCUGGGCCCCCCAUGGGGCCCGGGCCCCCCAUGAUGCCCUACGGCCCGGAUGAUUCCCCCCAUUCUGGCAUGAUGCCCCCCGGCCCACCCCCCCAAGGAUUCUAUGAUAAUUUUUACCAGCAGCAAGAGGGGCUGGAGAUGGAUCACGGCAUGAUGGGAGACCCAGAAGACUAUGGUGGUUACGAGGACAUGGAAGGGCCUCCAGGAGAGCACAUGUUCCCGGAUCCAUCCCUGGAUCCUGACUCUCUGUGUGAAGGAGGCCCCCCCGGAUUAACCAAACCCCAGGGCAACAUCCCCGACUUCAUGCCCUCGGCACAAAGAGCCCUUUAUUUGCGAAUCCAACAGAAACAGCAAGAGGAAGAGGAGAGAGCCCGGAGACUGGCAGAGAGCAAUAAGCAGGAACGCGAAAAUGAGGAAGGAGAUCCCGGGAACUGGUAUUCCAGUGACGAAGACGAGGGCGGGAGCAGCGUCACCUCCAUCUUGAAAACUUUACGGCAACAAAGCUCGGGCCGACCUCACCCCCAACCCCCCCACGGCGAAAUGGGGGGCCCUCCCCCCGCUGUCAGUGACCCCCGCCUGCAGAAAUCCCAGGGCGGGGCUGUGGGCAGCGGGCGACCCGCCGAUCCACGCUUACGGGAUCCUCGCCUUUCCCGAAAUCCCGACCUCUCCCUCGCGGUGGAUUCGGGCCCCACCGACCCCCGCUUGGCGCGACACGUUCCUUCCUCCGUCUCCAAACCCGAACCUCCUCAUCCUUGUGUCACCCCCAAACCUUCCCUGCUCCCCGAGGAAGAGGAAGGAGAACGGGUUUUACGGGAUAAAGCCGUCAACAUCCCCUUGGAUGCUCUCCCGGGUCAUUCCCUGCGGGAUCCGCGUUCCCAACUCCAACAAUUCAGUCACAUCAAAAAAGACGUCGUUCUCAACAAACCCAACUUCGCCCGGAUGAUCCUUUGGAGCCCGGAGGAUUUAAUUCCUCUUCCCAUCCCCAAACAGGAGUUUAUUCCUGUCCCUGCUGCCCUUCAGUCCAUGCCCGCCCUCGAUCCGCGCCUCAACCGGCCCCAAACCGACCCACGGCAAAGGGGGGGGGGAACAACCUCCGGGGGGGACACGGGCCCCGGUUCCAGCCUCCCCGAUUUUGAGCUUCUUUCCAGGAUAUUAAAGACUGUGAACGCCGCCCCCCCCGCCAGCCAGAGCGACAAACCCAGCGACCCCCGCAAACGGAAAACUCCCACCGACCCAAGGUUACAAAAAUCGACGGAAACGGCGGGUUCGAAAAACCCCAAAUUAAUGGAAUCGAGCGAUUCGGCCCCGGCCAUCGCUCCCUACGACCCCCGUUUGAGCAAAGGGGGGGCCCAGAGCAGCGUCCUCAGCGCCAUCAGUUUGUACGACCCCAGGACUCCCAAUUCAGGGGGAAAAGCUUCCGAAUCGCCUCCCGAAAGCACCAAUUCUUCUUCCAAACCUUCCGAUUCCGGGAAAACAACCGGAAAAACUAAAGAACCUCUUUUCGUUCGACGUUCGGCUUUGGAACAACCCGAUUCGGAGAAAAGCGGAGCCGAAUCCGCCACGGACAGGUACAACAGCUACAACCGCCCCCGGCCCAAAGCAGCAGCCCCCACC